AGCCACCCCGUUCAUCCCGCGACUGUCCACUGGCCUAUUGCCUUCUUGAGCACCGCCUACGGUCUCGAUGCCCUCCAUGUCGUCCGUCCCUACCUACCUUCGACCUUGACCAACUACCUCCCCGCCGUCGUCGAGACUACAAGAAUUGGCUACUGGGCUCUCGGACUCGGUGUCCUGACUGCUCUUCCCUCAGCUGCCUCUGGUAUCGCCCAAGCAGCAAAGAUGGUCCAGAACCAAGGUCUCUACGACCAGAGCGGAAACUUGAAGGCAAAGUCCAAAGUCCUGAUUGCACACGCCUUGGUCAACGACAUUGUUAUUGCCGUGUCUGCUUGGGUCUGGUACAAGAGAAGAAACGCAUCCAGCUUGGAGUACAUCAAGGAGGGUCUCAACCCUGUUGCCUACGAGCCUCAGAACUGGAUGGUCGGUGCAAGUAUCGUGUUGGGAGUCCUGUUGAUGUUCGGUGCCAAUCUAGGUGGUACUCUUGUCUAUGAUUACGGUCUUGGUCUCAGCAUGGGCAAGAAGGUCAUCAAGAAGAACGAGUAG